AUCUUAGUUCCCUGACCAGGGAUCAACCCAUGGCAGUGAAAGUGCCUAACCACUGGACUGCCAAACAAUUUCUCAGGCAGUCGUGUUUGAAUGAGAGAGAGAGUAAAGGAAUGAAUGAGGCAUCCAAAGAGAGGAAGAAGUGGGAAAACCAAACUUACCUUCUACAGUGAACUCUGGCUGGCUGGGGAUGGGUGGAGACAGAGAUAGAUGCUCUCACAUGAUGCUCUCUACCCAGCCACCUGGCGUUUCACAGGUUAAGGUGAGCUGGAGGUGACGCAUCAGGUCCAGAAGGGACCAGGGGACUGGGUGGCCUCCACUUUACCCUGGGAGGGGGCUGACUGGAUGCCCUGGGCCCAGGGCCAAGCUGCCGGGCUGCUGACUCAGGCCCUGCAGGCCAGCUCAGCAUUCCUGCCCUCUCCACUGAAUUGGGGCUAUUGAAGCUCUUUGUAGGGGGGUUAGGCCACUGGUCACACCCCCAACCCAGAGCCUUCGCUGCACUGAGGGCUCUGCUGUCAGGAAGAGGGGCACGCAGGCACUUGGGGGGUCAGGUGGAGAGUGCCCUGGACACCAGCUGCCACUCUGGGGGUGUCUGGGACCAAGGACCAUCCAGGUAAGCUGACUAGGCUGGGUCAGAGAGGGGAGCCCAGGGGAAGGGAAUUGCCUUCACCCUUAGGACUGAAGACCCUGGGAUGGCAACGCUUCUUAGGACCCCCGGCUUGGGGAGGGGUCUGUCUCUCUGAAUAGGCCGCAUUGUGUACAUGGGGUGCUGCAGGGGUUCUGUGGCUUGUUCUGCCUCCCCCAUCAGACUAGAGCAUCCCUAAGCCAGAGUGGUUUCCCCAUUGGGUUGAAGCCAUCACAGAGUAUAGGUUGGGUCUCCCCCAUCAGGCAGGGACACGGGGUGGUUUGAAGCCUUGCCCAUCAGACCCAGAGCUCCCCAAGCCCAGUCUUUGUCCUCCUGAGUAUCUAACUUGAGGAUUGUAUCUGGAGCCCAGUCUCAGCCUGUGCUGGUGUGUCCCAGCAAAACCACGGAGAACCUGCCCCCAAAAGAGCCAAUGCUUCAUCAGAUAAAGCAUCCCCCACUAGUCCCACCUCCUCCUCUCGUCUCUGCCCUCAAGCCAGGAUCUGCACCCCCUACCCCGAAUCCUGGCUGCUUGGGCUGACACCUGUCAGAUGUGCUUUUUCAGGUAUGGGGGAGGGCCGGGUGCCAUGAAGCCAGUGCGCGUUGUUACUCUUUGCUGGGUGCUACUGCUGGCGUCCAGGCUGGGGGCCACCAGGAAGGAAUCCCCAGAAGAGGCCUCCUUCUACUAUGGAAACUUCCCACUUGGCUUCUCCUGGGGUGUGGGCAGUUCCGCCUUCCAGACUGAGGGUGCCUGGGACCAGCAUGGGAAAGGGCCCAGCAUCUGGGACACCUUCACGCACAGCGGGAAGGGGAACAUCCUUGGGGACGAGACAGCAGACGUGGCCUGCAACAGCUACUACAAGGUCCAAGAGGACGUUGCUCUGCUGAGAGAGCUGCAUGUCAGCCAUUACCGGUUCUCCCUCUCCUGGCCCCGGCUCCUGCCCACAGGUGUCCGAGCUGAUGGGGUGAACAGGAAGGGAAUCCAAUUCUACAGUGACUUCAUCGAUGCCCUUCUGAAGAGCAACAUAACCCCCAUCGUGACCUUGCACCACUGGGAUCUCCCACAGCUGCUCCAAGCCAAGUGCGGCGGGUGGCAGAACGGGAGCAUGGCCAACUACUUCAGUGAUUAUGCCAACCUGUGCUUUGAGGCUUUUGGGGACCGUGUGAAACACUGGGUUACUUUCAGUGAUCCUCGGACAAUGGCAGAAAAGGGCUACGAGACGGGCCACCACGCACCUGGCCUGAAGCUCCAGGGCACGGGCCUGUACAAGGCGGCACAUCAUGUCAUUAAGGCCCACGCCCGAGUCUGGCACGCCUACAACGACACGUGGCGCAGGCAGCAGCAAGGUCUGGUGGGGAUCUCAUUAAACUGCGACUGGGGGGAGCCUGUGGACCUUAGUAACCCCAAGGACAUAGAGGCUGCCGAGAGAUACCUACAGUUCUGCCUGGGCUGGUUUGCCAACCCCAUUUACGCCGGUGACUACCCCCAAGUCAUGAAGGACCACAUCGGAAGAAAGAGCGCAGAGCAAGGCCUGGAAAUGUCGAGGUUGCCAGUGUUCUCACUCCAGGAGAAGAGCUACAUUAAAGGCACAUCUGACUUCUUGGGCUUAGGUCAUUUUACGACUCGGUACAUCACAGAAAGGAACUAUCCCUCUGGCCAGGGUCCCAGCUACCAGAAUGAUCGUGACUUAGUAGAACUGGUUGACCCAAACUGGCCUGAUCUGGGAUCUAAAUGGCUACAUUCUGUGCCGUGGGGGUUUCGGAGGCUUCUCAACUUUGCUCAGACUCAAUACGGCAAUCCACUCAUAUAUGUGACAGAAAAUGGAGCGUCUCAAAAAUUACACUGUACCCAACUGUGUGAUGAGUGGAGAAUUCAAUAUCUUAAAGGAUACACAAAUGAAAUGCUAAAAGCUAUCAAAGAUGGUGCUAAUGUAAAAGGGUACACUUCCUGGUCUCUGUUGGAUAAGUUUGAAUGGGAGAGAGGAUACUCAGAUAGAUAUGGAUUCUACUAUAUUGAUUUCAACAAGAAAAAUAGGCCGCGCUAUCCAAAGGCUUCAGUUGAAUAUUACAAGAGGAUUAUCACUGCCAAUGGGUUUCCCAAUCCGAGAGAGGUGGAAAGUUGGUACUUCAAAGCCUUGGAAAUUUGCUCUAUCAACAACCAGAUGCUUGCUGCAGAGCCUUUGCUAAGUUACAUGCAGAUCGUGACAGAGAUCGUGGUACCGACAGUCUGCACCCUCUGUAUACUAAUCGCUGCAGUUCUCCUGAUGCUUCUCCUGAGGAGUCUGAGCUGA